AUGUUUAGAUUGCCUAUAAGAACUGUUUCAGCACGCAGCCUUAUUGGCCUGCGUAGUGUCCGUCUUAUCAGAUGUUCAUCAUCGUCCACUUCAGCUUUAGCUUAUAAGACGCUGCAUAGAAAUAGAAAGAGACCGUCGCUACCAACAGUGAAUGAACCUACGUGGUCUGCUGGAUCAGCAGUUUCAUCCAUAAUUUACGAGACUCCUCUGCCUUCGAAGUCUCCAAAGACUCAGCACGUGUUGAAUUGCUUGGUACAGAACGAACCUGGUGUUCUUUCGUUGGUCUCUGGGACACUGGCUGCCCGUGGCUUCAACAUCGACUCUUUGGUUGUCUGCAAUACAGAAGUCAAAGAUCUUUCGAGAAUGACGAUUGUUUUAGAUGGCCAGGAUGGUGUCAUUGAGCAGGCCAGAAGACAGAUCGAGGACUUGGUUCCUGUUUAUGCCGUGCUUGACUAUUCGCACUCGCAGAUCAUUAAGCGCGAGUUAUUAUUGGUGAGAGUAUCACUUUUGGGACAAGAAUACUUUCAUGAGUUGAUUGCCCACCACAAUCAGGAGGGUGAAGCUGCUGAGGAGGAAUAUAGAAGCGAAAAGUACCAUCCUAAGAACUUAGCUCCUUCGCAAGCAUUGAGACAGAAGUAUGAGCAUCUGGGGGCUAUUAAGCAGUUAUCCGAUGAGUUUGGUGGGAAAAUCGUCGAUAUCUCCGAUAGAAACUGUAUCAUAGAGCUAAGCGCAAAACCAGAGCGUAUCAGCGCUUUCAUCGCCUUGAUAAGACCUUUUGGUGUCUUGGAACUUGCUCGUUCGGGUAUGAUGGCUCUUCCUAGAACUCCAGUUGAUGGAACUCAAGACGAUGGUACGGAUCCAACCAAGGAUGCAGCAGAUGUUGUCGAUGUUUCUCAAAUGCCUCCUAGCUAA